AUUUAACUUAACCGCCGUUGGGUAAUUGUUUCCGAAGCCCCAUCCCAUCGGUUAGGUGAAAUAUUAGAGCGAAUUGUGGAUAUGGCGUUUAAUUUUGAAGACAGUAAUUGAACUAUACUUUAGUACAUGUGCUUCAUUCAUUCUAAUUCCAAUUCGAUUUUUGUAUUUGAAAUAGAAAUACAUACUCAUCUUCUUCAAAUUCAUCAUCUGCAAUUUGCAUUGUCCAUCUCCAAAACCCUACAUUUGCGGCGAUCAAUUUCCCUCUUCCUCGCCAAUUAAGCUUAGAGAUGGAGGAUGGUGAUAAACCGGAGGGUAACUCCCAUGGUAAUUCUGAUAUGGAGGUUGUUGAUGCCACUUUGCCACACCAACAUUCAAACAAGGAUCAAAAUAUGGAUUCCUCUCCUCACGCGCCCGUUCCCAAUUCCCCUACUACUCAGCUACAACAGGAUCAAGUAAUGGUUGAUCAGGGUGAUGAUAACAAAAAUGCCGAUUCUACUCCUAGUCAUAUGCCAGAAACCAAAAUAAUUUGUGAGAAUCAGCUUGAAGAUGCUAAAACAGUUUCGCAACAGGAACUAAUAACUCCAAAGCCUAAAGAAAAGAAUGUCAGGGAAAUGAAGAACGUGCUGAAUGAUACUGAGAUGACCGAUUAUGAUGAGUCUGGUACGAGUCUGGACCGAGAAACAUUUAUGAAAGAGCUGGAGAAUUUCUACAGAGAGAGGUCCUUGGAAUUUAAGCCUCCUAAGUUUUAUGGAGAGCCACUAAAUUGCCUUAAGUUAUGGAGAGCUGUUAUCAAACUAGGUGGCUAUGAUGUGGUAACUGCGUCCAAGUUGUGGCGGCAAGUAGGAGAGUCUUUCCACCCCCCUAAGACUUGCACUACAGUCUCAUGGACAUUUAGAAUCUUUUAUGAGAAGGCAUUGUUAGAGUAUGAAAAGCAUAAGAGAGAGAUUGGAGAGCUACAGCUCCCUGUUGGAUCAUUCCAUCAAUCUACAAGUGUGGAAAAAGAGACCACUGUUUACCAGGCUCCAGGCUCUGGUAGGGCGCGAAGGGAUGCGGCAGCACGUGCGAUGCAAGGUUGGCAUGCUCAGCGCCUUCUUGGAUACGGUGAGGUUGCUGAGCCAGUUAUUAAGGACAAGAACUUCAGUUCCACACCAAAGCGUGAAAAGAACCUCAAAAGUAUCGGUGUGAUUAAUAAACAGAAGACACCAUCUGGUUUGGAGCAUGCUGAGAAAGCUGCAAAUAUCGAAGGAGAUAGACAAUUGGUUACUGCAGUAGUGGACAUUGGACCCCCAGCUGACUGGGUGAAGAUCAAUGUGCGGGAAACUAAGGAUUGUUUUGAGGUGUAUGCACUAGUUCCUGGGCUCCUUCGUGAGGAGGUGCGAGUCCAAUCAGAUCCAGUUGGACGUCUUGUUAUAACUGGUCUGCCAGAACAGGUUGACAAUCCAUGGGGAAUUACCCCCUUCAAAAAGGUUGUGAACUUACCUGCAAGAAUUGAUCCGCUUCAGACAUCUGCUGUUGUUAGUUUGCAUGGUCGCCUAUUUGUACGCGUUCCUUUUGAGCAGGGAGCUGUAUGAAUUUUCCUCCCUUGAAUAGUGGUUUCUCAAAAUUUCCUCAUAAGGAGUUAAGAUCUUCUAAACAAUCAGGGCAUGGUUAGGUUUGGAACUAGUCCAGCCCUGUUGGAUUAGUUGAAACUACUACCCAACAUUAUUAUUAUUAUUAUUAUUAUUAUUAUUAUUUUUAGUUAAAAU